AUGGCCACUGCUUCUCUGUGUUGUUCGGCUCGGAUCAAUGCAUUCGAUGGAGGGCUUCGGAUUCAAAGGAGCUACCUUUUCCAACCAACUUCACUUCCUGUUCCCAGGAGAAAAGUUCAGUCAAUAGUGAGGGCAACUUCUCGUGUUGAUAAGUUCUCGAAAAGUGAUAUCAUCGUUUCACCAUCUAUCCUGUCUGCUAAUUUUGCCAAGUUGGGAGAGCAGGUCAAAGCAGUCGAGGAAGCGGGAUGUGAUUGGAUCCAUGUUGAUGUAAUGGAUGGCCGUUUUGUGCCCAAUAUCACCAUUGGACCUCUUGUGGUUGAUGCUCUGCGCCCUGUGACAGAUCUCCCCUUAGAUGUGCACUUGAUGAUCGUGGAACCUGAUCAACGUGUGCCAGAUUUUAUCAAGGCUGGGGCUGACAUAGUCAGCGUUCACUGUGAACAAUCUUCCACCAUCCAUUUACAUCGUACAGUAAAUCAGAUAAAAAGCCUUGGAGCCAAAGCUGGAGUUGUCUUGAACCCUGGCACCCCUUUGGGUGCUAUUGAAUAUAUUCUUGAUGUGGUUGAUCUGGUCUUGAUUAUGUCGGUGAACCCUGGUUUCGGUGGUCAAAGCUUCAUUGAGAGCCAAGUAAAGAAGAUUGCUGACCUACGGAGAUUAUGUGUGGAGAAGGGAGUAAAUCCAUGGAUAGAGGUUGAUGGUGGUGUUGGUCCUAAAAAUGCUUACAAGGUUAUUGAGGCUGGAGCAAAUGCUUUAGUUGCUGGUUCGGCUGUUUUUGGGGCCAAAGAUUACGCUGAAGCUAUAAAAGGAAUCAAAACCAGCACAAGGCCAGUAGCAGUACCAGCAUGA